GUCCAAGUCAGCAACAACGAACAAGAUGGACGGGGAUGCGUUCCAUAUGGACGUCGAGAAGCGGCAAUCGCUCCUCGAAUGGCUGCAGACAUUCACCACCGACGAUCCCAUUGGAACAGGCCUUCCGUCGGUGACCUCAUGGCAGACUGUGGCUGACGGGGUCUUCCUCGCGCGCGUUCUCCACCAAAUUGAGCCCGAGUACCUCAACCUGUCGGGUAUCAAAGACGAAGGCGGGGUGGCCUCGAAUUGGAUCUUAAAACUGGCCAACUUCAACGCGAUCGCACGAAGCAUUGAGAAUUUCUACCACGACGAGAUCGCCGUGCGAUGCGAAGUGGCCACGCACGUCGAUCUGAACCGCAUUGCCCGUGCCGAGGUCCUGGACACCGCCGUGGAAGUCGAGUUGAGCAAGUUGGCCGCCAUGGUGUUGUACUGCGCCGUGAACUGCGCCGAACGGCAGACAUUUGUCGUUCGCAUCAUGGCGCUGGAACAACGUGUCCAGCAAAGCGUCAUGGCGAUGCUGGAGCAACUGACUACCGUGUUUCCUCCGUUGUCACCCGUCCAUGGUCUUGCCUCGCCCGCGCUCCGCGGGUCGUCCAUUGGGCUACUGGAUUCAACGCCCAUCCGCGGGUUCAGCGGCGACGAGUCUGGCGACGUGCGAGAUCUAAAGGAGCGCCUCAGUGCCAUGGAGAAGAAGUGGCAGGAUGCCGAGCAGGACAAGCGCGCCAUCACGGAGGAGUACGAGAAGGUCGCGCUAGAAGUGCGGAACGCGCGGCUUCGAAUCGCUAGCCUCGAAGAAGACAACUCCCGUCUGAACGGGGAGCGGCAGCAGGCGGUGGCGCGGGACAACAAGAAGCUGGAGGAGCUCGUGAACGCCGAGAAGCACGUGCUGAGCGUCGAGUUGCAGGCCAAGACGGACGAGCUCCACCAAAUCAAGCACGAGUCCGCCGAGAGGAUGACGGUGUUGGAGCACGAAGUGCGCCGUCAAGCGGAUGAAUUAGAUAUUUCCCGAUCGAAACUCGUGGCGCUGGCGAAAUUAGAGUCGACGGUGACCAAAUACAAGCAAAAACUGGAUGAGAUGAACACCGUCAAGGAGCACGUGCGGGAGGUGGAGGCGCAGAACGCGUCGUACUUGGAGAAGAUGCUAGACUUGGAGAGCACAGUCAAGACCAUGGCCAGCCUCAAGGCAUCGAUCGAAAAGUACAAGAACCAAGUGGUCGAGUUGGAAACGGCCAACGUCGAGGCCCUAUCGACGCUGCAGGUGAAGGACCAAAAGUGUCGGCAGCUGCAAGACGAGCUCGAGAGCGCGCUCCACGGUAAGGAGUUUCUAGAGCACCAGCUCGAGGAAAUGCAAUCGCAUGUGCCGGCAAACGACGGAGGCCGGGACGACAUGUACACGAGCGCCGCCGACGUGCUCGGGGGCGGCCUCAACCUCCGCGAGCAGGUGGCCCGCCUACAGCACGACAACCGGCGGCUGCAGCAGCUUGUGGACGGCUUGCCUGAGACGUCAUCGUCUGCGACAUCGCCCGCAGUGUCUGGUGACGUGUUGGCGCUGCAAAACGAACGGGACGACGCACUCCGCAUGAAGCAAGUGUGGCAGGACAAGGCCGUGGAGACCAAGCGGCAGUUCGAUGCGCUGGUCGAAGCGACCAAAGGGAUGGGUCCAGGCGUGUCGUCGGCGCAACUGGCGCAGCUCGAAUCGACCAAUACCCGCUUGGCCACGCAAUUGCAAGCGCACGAAGAACAAGCGCGGAAAAUGGCGGCCAACGUUGAAGAAACGGACUCGUUCCGCGCGACGAUCGCCGAGCUGACCAACCGGCUCAAGGACAAGGAGUCGGUGAUCAACAACCUGUCCCAGGAUAAGGAGAAGCUCGAGACGUACACCAAGAAGACGCUGCAUGCCGUCCAGAGCAAGUACAUGCUGGCCGUGAGCGUCCACCGCAACCAGAUUUCAGAACGACAAGCCAAGGUCGAAAUGCUCGAAAAUAAACUCAAGGAGCUCAAAGCUGGCCAAAAGAGAGAACAGGCGCUGCUCAUGUCGUCGUUUUACGAGAUUGGCGGGGAAAUGCAGAGACGGACGAUGAUGCCGCAGACGCCGGCGGCCGGUGCCCCGCCCCUGGCUGCGUGGCUGCCGACGAAACGGAUGGACCGCGGCGGUCCCAAGCGCUAGCAGAGCUGCUUUCAAAAGGGGGUGAAGAAGAAGGAAGGGAGUACACGUUGUAGCCAAACGUAGUGCUGUAGCAGUAGGUAGUUAUUGCAUGGGAACACUAGUGAAUACACACAACAAUGCAUUUGGUUAUCUAAGG